AUGGAUUUGACCAAUGCCCGUUCCAUGGAGCUGUUUCGCAAGUUGGGGCUCGCCGACGACCUACGACGGCAGGGAGUGCCAGCACACAUCGACCAGCCAGUCUUGGUAUCGUCGGGUCUUUCUGCAAAGGAGGCCAUCACCGGCUGGGAUCUCCCGAGUGUCGACAGGUUCCGAAAGCAGAUUCAAGAGAAUAACGACGGUACUAAGCCCUUGGAACCCUGGCAGCGGCUGUCGCAGGCAAUCUUUGAGAAGUGGCUGAAGGCCAUUUGCGACAAGGAUCCUUUGAUCGAUCUGCGGUUUGGCCAUAAAGUCGAAUCGGUACAGGAGGAAUCUGACCAUGUCAAAACUAUCGUCACGGCCGUGGAUUCGGGGGUUUCUUACCAAUUUGUCUCGGAUUAUGUCGCUGGCUGUGAUGGUGCAAACAGCAGAGUGCGAAAGUCGCUUGAGCUUCCCUUGGACGGCGGUCCAGUCCCAACGUGCGUCCUUCUCGUCCACUUCAAGUCUCGCGACCUCACUCGGAUACACAAGCAAGGUCAAUUCUGGCACAUCUUUCUCCUGGCCGAACACGGCGGCUUUGGUGGUGCCAUCAUCGCCCAAGAUGAAGUCGACACCUGGACCACCCAUCUAUUCUUACCCCUGGAUGCCGAACCGGAAAAGAUCGAGUCGCGAGAGGCUGUGUAUCGAGUUCUGGGUGGAAUCUAUGGCGCGUAUCCGAUUGAAAUCGACGAGAUUCUAGUCCGCUCCAUCUGGCGACCCAACAUCGCCGUGACACGGCGCUGGAGCAGCCCCAACUAUCGUAUCCACCUUGCCGGUGAUGCGGCACACCAGAAUAUCCCCACUGGAGGCUACGGGAUGAAUAUGGGCAUUGCUGACGCUUUCGACCUGGGCUGGAAACUUGCAGCCGUCAUCAACAAUUCCGGGGGACACGACCUGCUCGAGUCCUACGAGGUGGAGCGAAGACCCGUGGCCCUUCGCAAUGUCGAGCGAUCUGGCGUUCAUUUCCAAGUCCACGACAAUCUCCGAGAAAUCCUAGCGGGUUACGAUCCUCGCGUUGUGGAUGAGGACACAGAGGCCGGGCGUCAACUACGGAGCAAGAUUCACGAGCACUACCAAGCUCACGAUGGCGAGAACCAGGACUUUGGCAUUGAACUGGGUUACCGCUACCAAUCACCCGUCAUCAUUCACGACGAGGGCAGAGAACCCGAGCCUGAAUGGGUACCGUCCAAGUAUAUCCCGACGACCUGGCCAGGUGGUCGGCCGCCACACGUCUUCCUCUCUGACGGCACCCCGAUAUUUGACAAGUUUGGCCGAGAUUGGACGCUGCUCAGCUUUUCGAGCGAACCCUGUGGCGAAGAUUUUCUAGAAGAGGCAGCCCAAGCUCUAUCGGUGCCCUUGAAGCGAGUGUCUCUUGACGGCGAGGACUUGGCCAAGAGACUAUAUGAGAAGCGUCUCGUGUUGAUCCGACCAGACCAGCACGUCGCAUGGAGAGGGGACAAGAUAGGCAGCGCAGAUGAGGCAACGAAAGUGCUGCAGAUCGUUACGGGCAAGGUUCAUUCUCGGAGAGCGCAAGAGCCAGAAGCUGUUGGCACGGCACCCAAAGCUGCAUUCACGGCGACCAACGAGCUGACUACCCAGGUCAAUGAUUUCAAGUUGGAGAGGAUGGGCGCUUUUCAGAUGUAG